CUUGGCGUUUGCCUCUCUUCCUUUUGCCCAGACUGCCUCUUUGGAGUUCUCUCUCCCUUUCCCCCCUCUCUUUCACUCAGUCUUGGAUUUCACAACCGGGCAGACAGAACUGAAGAGGACAUUAUCCAAGCAAAAGGCACCCUGGGCCUUGUAAAGUGGAUGUGCCGUGAAGAACAGAGGGCUCUGGCUGCCUGGCAGGGUGACCCGAGGUGGCCGCCCCAGGGUUUCAGAGGUCCUGGUGACUCUGGAAGGGUGUGGGGAGCCAGGGAGGAGACUUGAGCCUCGCUGGGAGCAGGGUUUGCUCCCGAAUCUCAUUUUUCACAUGUCUGCUGCACUCUCGCUACCAGCUCUGUCAGAGGAAAGGAGGCGCUUCCUGUUAUUCCAAUCCAAAUCUCAAGCUGAACACAGGAGGGAGCAGGCAGCUGUAGAGCAGAGUGGCAGGGUGAGCAAAGAUGGAAGGCCAGUGCCUGCCUUUGCAACUGCUUCUGCUGGUCUUUACAGUGACUAUGGGGCUUGAUGCUUACUCUGGGACAGUGGCAUCUCCCAGCAAUGCCAGCUUGUCUUUGGAAGGAGGACCAAAUUUUACAGCUUCAAGCUAUCAAGGGAACGUAGAUAGAAACGCAACAACAAUUGAUCUUGAUGCUAUCUAUUAUUACUUUGCAGAAGUUUGCUGGGUGAAAUUUUACCGCCACAUGAGUAAUAUCAGCAAAGAGCACUGGUGUGAGUGGAGGGCCAUUGGCAGACCAUACAGCAUUUUACGACACUGCUUGGAAACUUUUGCUGAUAAGUGGAACUACGGCUUCCCCAAUAACUUGGCCGAGGAGUACAUUUUGCUCAGCCACCGUCUCUACUUCCGCAACUGCACUUCGGAGCUGCACCCACCUCUCCUGGACCCCUCCGAAAAUAUUUUGUUGCCCCUCAUCAUAACUCCGAUCUGCCUCAUUCCUUUCUUGAUCACUCUUGUGGUGCUGAAGAGCAAGGAUGGUGAAACACAGGCAUGAGUCCUGACCUUCACAUAGCAAUUUUGGAGCGCCCUUGUGCCUUAGUACCUUGUGACACUGUUACAAUCCUCAUCUCUUGGCCGCCCUGGGAUUGGCCUCCCCUCAUGUGUCAGGAGCACAACCUGGUAUGAGCCACUGCAUAGGAGCAUUACGUUUGAGAUCGUGCAUGCUAUACUCAUUGGUGUGUACUACAUGUUGUGGCAGAGAAGGAACAAAGCUGAACCUCUGCUAUAGAAGCAGGUGCGGGCAUACGCAUUAAAAAAAUUAAGCCAUUUUGUUGCUAUUUUAACUACCAUAGCUAAUUCUGAAGGAACUAUGGGAUCUGCUCUAUAUUCUUGGUGAAACCCAUUAGCUCUUUACAGACUUCAUGUCUAGAGGUCUGUGCAGAGAAGUCACUAUCGUUAAA